CGAGUAUCUAUUGAACCGCGAACAAUUGUUAGCUCUCCUAUUCUCAUUCAAAUUUUAUCCUUUCACCAAAGCACCUGACUAUUUCGUUCUGAUCGACUGUAGCAUUUGUACACCGCUUCGAGUGAAUAACAUAACAAAACUGGAUCGACUGCGAAGACAAAAUGGAGUGUGGUGAAACUGGAAGACCUUAAUCGAAGUUUGUUUCAGGGUUUUAGGAUCGGAUGUUGAGGGUGUUGCUCCCCUCAUCUUUGCCCUAAACUUUCGGUAGGAAGAUACUCCGAGAUGUCGCUGAUUGUCCACAUCCAGUGUGCCCGUGGGUUUCACUCGAGAGGGGAGCGGUUCGCCAAAAUAACUUUCAGAGGUGUAAGCCAAACAACACAAACCUAUGAAAAUGUGGCUGACGAGGUGGUGUGGGAUGAGCAAUUUGAAUGGGCCAUGGGUAGUGGCAUUGAAGCCAAUGAGAUGCUGGAAGUCUCCAUACUCAACUUUAACAAAUACCUUUCAAACAAGGUAAUCGGGUCUUUUAGAAUGGUUCUUCAGGAGGUCAUUGAGAAGGGAUCAUUGAAGAUUGGAGAACCACUACUAGACAGUAACAACAGGGGCAUGCAUGUGGGUAUCUUCUUUGAGGUGUUCUACCAGGCGCCUGAUGGCACCGUAGGUGACUGGAUGCAGGAGACCUUCACGGCUCCUCCGCCUUCCCAUCAUGCAUCUGAUAACCUAGGCUUUAUGGGACAGGAGACCGACUACGAUGAAGAUGGAUCAAGGUCUGUCUAUUCAGAAAGCUUUCAGCUGAUGAAGAGAGGCCAUCAUGGGUCGUCACAGAGUCUCAGCUCCACCAAAAGUUCAAGAAGCAUGCUUGGUAAGAUGAAACUCAAGAGGAAGAAGAAGAAAGAUGAUUAUCAACCAGAUGUGGGCAUAGAGAGGAUCGGCAAAGAGGUCCCAUUGCUGGAGAUUGAUGAGAUGGAUGUGAGUGUGAUGGGGGAUGAAAGCGAUGCCGAGGAGGAGCCAGAGAUCCCACCAUACAAGAAGAUUGGACCCAUCGGGAGUGAACAGCCCGCACAGAAGUAUCAGGACUUCCAGGUAUCAGUCACCAUACAUGAAGCCAGACAGCUAGCAGGUCUUGACAUUGAUCCAGUCGUCUGCGUUGAGGUUGGAGACAAAAAGAAAUAUACAAGUGAGAAGAAAUCAACCAAUUGCCCCUUCUACAAUGAGAUGUUUGUGUUUGACUUCCAUGAACCACCAGGACAUAUGUUUGACAAAAUCAUCAAAAUUACAGCUUUUCCUACAUUGAAUAUCUUAAUGGCUGCUUUACAUUCCAGGAAUGUCUUGCGAUCAGGCACUGUGAUUGGGAACUUCAAAUUUGAUGUAGGAACACUGUACCAAGCCCCAGACCAUGCUUUCUACAACAAAUGGGCCAUACUGACAGACCCGAAUGACGUCAACGGUGGUCCUAAGGGGUACGUCAAGUGUGACAUCUUAGUCAUGGGUAAAGGUGAUUCGGUCAAGCCUCCUAAGAAGACAAAAGAUGAUGGAGAGACAAUUGAAGGGAACUACCUUCUUCCUGAAGGCAUCCCUACAGUUAGACCAAGAGCUACAUUCAGUAUCCGUAUCUACCGAGCCGAGGGUCUACCUAUCAUGAAUUCAGGACUCCUAGCUAACGUCAAGAAAGCUAUAACUGGAGAACUCAAUGAUCUUGUUGAUCCCUUUGUGGAAGUCACCUUUGCAGGCCAAACGGGAAAGACAUCGGUGAAGAAGCACCGAUACGACCCAAACUGGAACGAGCAGAUAGUCUUCAGCGAGAUGUUUCCACCGCUGUGUAGACGUAUGAAGGUCACCCUCAAGGAUAAAGAUAGCAUGAUUGAUGAUACAAUAGGGACACACUUCAUAGACCUUGCUAAGAUAUCCAGUGAAAAUGAUGAAGGAUUCUUGCCCACAUUUGGACCAAGCUGGAUCAACCUCUAUGGAUCCACCAGAGACUAUAAUGCCGUUGAUGCCAACCGCAAGCUGAACAAGGGUGUGGGUGAGGGAUGUAUGUACAGAGGAAGACUCCUGGUCGCCAUCAAGACAGAGGUUCAAGAUAGCUCCUUGGAAUCUGGUGGGAUCAGGGUGGAUACAGAACCUUGUCUACCAAUCUCAGAGGCUGCUCCAGGAAGAAAAGAUGAAUUUUUCUUCUUUGCUACUCUCUUUGAGGCCUCAAUGAUUGACAAGAAACUUGGCGACAAACCAAUUACCUUUGAAUUCUCUAUAGGUAACCAUGGAAACCAGAUUGAUGGUCGUAACAUGCACCAGGCCCCGACCACCUACAAUGAUUCUGACUCAGAAGAGGAACAGCUGAUCCCGCCCUCUGCAGCCGAAACCGAACCGGAAGUGGGCGUGUCCAUGACCCCACCAAUGCAGCCCAAGAUGGUUGAUAAGAAUUAUUACUACAUGCCUUUCGAUGACAAGAAACCAGUCAUGUACCUCAAGUUCACUACAGAAGAUCACAGGAGGCGCUUCUAUAACAUGAAUAUCCUCUACAAGAUUGCAGAAGAAUUGGAGGAAGGAAUAGCGGAUGUAGCUGAUAAAUUGUCUAAAGAGAAAGGAAAUUGUGAGAAAGUGCUACGAAAGAUCUUGAAGAAAUUUGUUGAAUCUUGCACGCAAUUCUCUAAGUUGACUAAGGGCACAGGAGGAGGAGCUAACGCAGGCAAAACCAAACUGGACAGGGAGAGACAUAAAUGGCUGCUUUUUGAAAUGAAAACAGUAAUGAUGGAUGCACAGGAAGUACUAGGGGAUGACCUUGGUGACCUCCGUAAGGGGUACGGAUCCUCUAGGAGUGGGGGUGCAACCCCAGCACAGUCACCUGCCAGGCGAUCUCCUAAGAAAGGCAAACAAUCUAUGGAUCUCUUCAAUCAGGAUUUCGAUUUGGAUGACAACUUCAUCAGCAGACAGGAUGAAAUAAACCGUAAGACAAAGGACUUGUUGAAGGGUAGACGAUGGACUAACAAGGCAAUCAAGGAGAAACUCAAGGCCGCCAAAGGCUUCCUACAUCGUAUCAAGUUCCUCGCAGAUGAGCCCCAGCACAGUCUUCCUGAUCUGUUUGUGUGGAUGAUCAGUAACGGGAAGAGAGUGGCUUACACCAAGAUCAAAGCCAGGAAACUCAUAUACUCCAUGGUAGAGGAAGAGAAGGGUGACCAGUGUGGAACCAUGCAAACUAUCUUCUUGAAACUCCCAGGCAAGAAGGGAACGAGUUCAGCCGGGUGGACAGUACAGGCCAAGCUGAAUGUAUUCCUAUGGUUAGGAUUGAACAAGCAUCGUAAGGACAUGCUGAAAGGACUGCCAGGUGGAUACCAUAUGGAUCCAGAGCUCAAGGCGGCCAUCAAACCAGCUAAACUGCCUCCACCUCUUAUCUUCUAUAGAGAGAAACUAGUCUUCCAGCUUCGAUGUCACAUCUACCAGGCAAGGAGUCUCAUUGGUUCAGAUUCUUCUGGUCUCUCUGACCCCUUUGCUAGGGUCGUACUUCGGGAUGAGGUCAAACAGACAAGGGUAAUCCAAGAGACUCUCAGCCCGACCUGGGAUGAGGUUCUUCUCUUUGAGAGAUUUGUUGUCUAUGGGAACAGGCCUAACAUCAAGGAGGAACCACCCAUCAUCUGUGUGGAGUUCUUCGAUGUUGACAUUGGGAUUCAGACUGGUUGUGAAUUCAUUGGUCGAGCCCUGAUCAGGCCCAUUGUCAACCUCAUAGAUGAUUACUAUGAGAAACCUCUGUUUCCACCGAUGCUUCAAUGGCAUGAUAUCUAUAGAGGACAGAGCCCUGGGGGACAGCUCCUGGCUGCAGUCGAGAUGAUACAGUUGACGAAGAGCAGUGAAUCUCUACCUGAUGGUAUUCCAGUCAUCACCAUUCCUCCCUAUGACGAGAAGAAGAAAGAAACUCCAAUCGUCAACAUUCCCAAAGAAAUCAAACCAAGACUCUGUCGCUUCAGGGUGGAGGUUCUGUUCUGGGGUGUGAGGGAGUUGAAGAGACUGCAGCUGAUGACUGUGGACAAGCCACGCUGUGAUAUAGAGGUCGGUGGUGUGACCAUUUCAUCCAGCAUCAUAUCCCAAGCUCAACGCAACCCAAACUUCCCCAAUAACGUCCAGUUCAUUGACGUGGAUCUACCAGAGAAUGACCUGUACUGUCCUCCGCUUACCAUAAGGGUGGUCGAUUGCCGUCAGUUUGGUCGCUUCACCCUGGUCGGUACCAACGUCGUUGGUAAUCUGUCGUCCUACAAACUCAAGGAGAAGGAAGAGAAGCCUCGAGAAGAAGAAGAAGCAGAGGAAGCUGGUUUUCCUGGUUUAAAGGGUCUGAGCAACUUGUCCAAAUUGACUCCCACAAACGAGCUGUUAGGAGCUGGUGGUGUGGGCAGCCUAGUAAGAGGUGGUCUGAAUGGAUCUGCCAGACUCCCUGGUAAUGGUGUCCCCCAGCCCCUGAAUGGUAACGGCAAUCUCCUUGGCUCUGGGCGGGUCUCUAAGGCUGCCUCCAAAGCUGGAUCCAAAGCCGGCUCAAAGGCUGGGUCUAAAGCUGGCAGUGUGAUCAUCACUGUGGAUCCACCCCCCGAUCCAAAUGGUAAAGAUCAGCCACCAGCAGGAGACGCAGUGAUAGACAUGCCAGCAGAUGGGAAGCCUCCAUUGGAAGGAGAAGGGGGUAAAGAUGAAGCAGGGAAAGAGGGAUCUGUGAAAGGCAGCGAGAAAGCUGGAGAAGGAGCCGAGGGAGGAGCUAAAGAGGGUGAGAAUGCAGAAGGAGCCCCAGGAGCACCCUCUAAGAAGAAACUUGAUGAAGAUGAGGAAAAUUCUCUUGACUGGUGGUCAAAAUACUUUGCUACCAAGGCCGCUCUUGAGAAGGAGCAAAUGCGGAUACUGGCAUGCAUUAAUAUGGAAUAUGAAGAGGAACAAGGAGAUCAAGCCGACGGCAAUGAGGAUAUAGACCUAGAACAACCACAAAAUGAAGAGCUGAUAACCAUAGAUACCACUGAGAAGAAGGAGGUUAAGCCGGAGGAGGGUAAGAAGAAGGUCGGGGCUCUAAAGAAAAUGGGCGGCGGCCUAGCUGCUGCGAAGAAGCUCAUGAAGAAAGGUGAUGGAGACGAAGACAGUAUGAUGGAUAUGAACCAAGAGGAAGAGGAGGAUAUAGAUGUCUGUCUUAUUCAGUUUUACUCCACUGAGUUAGAGAAUGUACCGGACUUCAGUGGAUUCAAGGAAUGGCUCCAUACCUUUGAGCUUCUUCGAGGAAAGAAUACCGGUGAUGAGGACAGUGAGAGCAGAGUAGUUGGAAAGUUCAAGGGAGCAUUGGCUUUGUACAAGUGGCCUCUACCUCCUGAGAUUGAGGCAGACCCUACCAAGAUGUUUGGAAAGCUGGAUCCCAAGCUGGGGUACUUUCAGGGGCUACCUAAGAGUGAUCCAAUGGGUGUCCUAGUCCGCGUCUACAUCAUCAAGGCUAUUGAUCUACAUCCUACUGAUGUCAAUGGAAAGGCUGAUCCAUACGUCCAACUUCUCUUAGGGAAACACAAGACCAAUGACAAAGAGAACUAUAUCUCCAAGAAUCUUAAUCCUACAUUUGGCAAGUGUUAUGAGUUUGAGGCUACCUUUCCCAUGGAAUCCAAGCUAGCUGUUCAGAUCUAUGACUGGGAUUUGAUAGGAUCAGAUGAUCUUAUCGGUGAAACUACCAUUGAUCUUGAGAAUCGAUAUUACAGCAAGCAUCGAGCAACAUGCGGUAUAUCAAAAGAAUUUGCUCUGUAUGGAUACAACAAUUGGCGUGAUCCUCAGAAGCCUCAUCAAAUCUUAACCAGAUUGUGUAGGGAACAUAAGAUUGAACUGCGUUUCUCUCCGGGUCGAGCUGAAGUGGGAGAUAAGAUCUACUACGGAGAACAGUUCAUCGAUGAUGAAGGGGGAAACAGUAAGCCGACCGAUGACCUGACCUCACUGGAAGCCCUUCUUCACUGGGAUGAAAUCCCUGAGGUAGGGUGUAAGCUGGUCCCAGAACAUGUAGAAACAAGGUCGCUCUAUCAUCCAGAUAAACCAGGAAUUGAACAGGGUAAAGUUGAGAUGUGGGUUGAUAUGUUCCCCAUGGACAUGCCUCUACCGGGUGCGCCAGUCGACAUCUCACCUCGUAAACCCAAACGUUACGAGCUACGGGUCAUCAUCUGGAACACUGAUGAUGUCGUCCUUGAGGAUGACUCUCUCUUGACAGGCGAGAAGAUGAGUGACAUCUAUGUAAAAGGAUGGUUACUUGGGCCAAGCACUGACAACCAAUCAACAGACGUCCACUACCGCUCCUUGACCGGUGAGGGUAACUUCAACUGGAGAUUCAUCUUCCAGUUUGAUUACCUAGCUGCUGAAGAGAAGAUGGUCAUCAAAAAGAAAGAAUCGGCAUUCUCCAUUGAUGAGACGGAGUACAAGGUCCCGCCAAGAUUGACGCUUCAAGUUUGGGACGCCGAUCAUUUCUCAGCUGAUGAUUUUCUUGGAUCCGUGUCUCUGGAUCUGAACCGGUUUCCCCGUGGUGCCAAAACAGCUAAGAAGUGUUCCAUUGAGUCACAUCGAGCCAUGAGUAUGAUGUCAAUCUUCAAGCUUAAGAGAACCAAGGGAUGGUGGCCUUUCAUAGCUAAGUCUGAAAAGGAAGGAGAAGAAUUGACGGGCAAAGUCGAGGCUGAGAUGGCGCUGUUGACUGAAGAGGAAGCGGAGAAGAGUCCCGCUGGAAAGGCUCGUGAGGAACCAGACCCACUCCCAAAACCAAAUCGGCCCGAUACCUCCUUCAUCUGGUUCCUGAACCCAUGGAAAUCACUCCGUUAUGUUGUCUGUCAGCGACUCAAAUGGAUCCUCCUCAAAUUGGCACUCAUCUCACUCCUUGUCAUCUUCAUUGGUCUCUUCAUCUAUGCCUCCCCAGGCUACACAGUCAAGAAGAUACUUGGAGCAUAGCACACUGAUUUUGAAGUACCUGUGAUUUGCGUGGUGCCAAUUUGAAGAUUUGUUUUAAAAAGUGAAGUGUAAUAAAAGGGGAUAGUGCCAAUAGUUUUUUAAUAUAAAUCCUUAUUUAAAUUUCUUUUCUUUCGAAGAAAUUAUCAGGUAUAGGUUUGAUUGAAUUUCAUUUUAAGAAGAAAUCAUAAAGUAGACCUGUGUAUGAUCAAACAGGAAUUGGAAGAAUAUAUUUGGAUUAUUACAGACUGAUGUCUUUCACUUGCUUAUAAAGUGAUGAAGGGCAUUAACAUAACAAAAUUGAUAUAUCAUUCAUAUCGAGGCUCAAACUAUUAUAUAUGAUUUGAUGAAUUGAUUUACAAUAAUACUUAAAACUUAUAAUGAUAAAGUGCAAUGAAUUAGAACAAAAGAGUGAAUAAAUUUAUUAAUGUUACUGUAUGGGCUUAUCAUAGAAAUGCUCAUAGAAGUAUUUUAUACAAACCUCUUUAAUGGAAAUGUUAUAAUUAUAAAAAUAAAAAAAUAUGAAAAUAUCGAUAU